AGUUGGAUAGGAACUCAGAAAUCAUGUGACUGAUGACUAAGUUACAUUUUUUUCCCUUUACUAAAAAUAAAGGGGAAGAGUCUGAAGAUUAGUUACAGAUUCUCCUUACAUUUUUAAAGUUUUGGAGAGAUUGGAUCAUGUUUCCAUUUGUGCUUUUUUCCGCCCUGUUUUCUUCCAUAUUUACUGAACCUGAGGAGAAACGUUGGGUCUGCAACUCCUCUGACGCCACCGUUUGGUACGACUACUGUGAUAACUUGAAAUUUCCUGUUUCAAUACGUUCUGAGCCCUGUAUAACAUUGAAGGGAAGCCGUGGAAUGCUGUAUGUCUACUUCAUUCCAAGAAGAGAUAUAAAAAGCUUGUAUUUCAAUAUCUAUCUAUCUACUAAGUCCAUGAAUUUCCCAUUACGCAAAGAAGUUAUUUGCCGAGGAUAUGAUGAUGAUUUUUCCUUUUGCAGAGCUCUGAAGGGAGAGACUGUGAACACAACAAUACAAUUCUCCUUCAGGGGAAUACGAUUUUCUAAGGGACAAUACAACUGUAUUACAGAAGCCAUCGAGGGGAACACUGAAGAAAAGCUCUUUUGCUUGAACUUUACUGUCAUACAUUACCCUGAUUUCAAUUAGAAUAAAUCAAGUAUUUGCUUUUA